AUCUAAAGAGCAAAGGGGAGUUUCCAAAGUAAUCAAACCCGUCCAACUUUCUCAUUUACAGCUAUAGACCACUGAAAAUGGAUCCUAUUAGGGCUGCUGCUCCUUUGCUAUGGUUUUCCCUGUGCUUUGGGAAUAUUCUGGAGGCAGCGGUACUUGGAUCAUUGCAGUACCCCUCUAGCGCAGAUGAUAACGGGCUUGUUUCACAUCUGGAUGAGCAGAGUCGGAGAAAGCCGAUCGCGGUGUCCAGGAAAGACCCCCCGAUAAAUGAUACUAUCGUCCCCCAUGACUAUAUGGUAUCGCUAUACAGGACACUCUCUGAAAUAGAGAGACGAGGUCUUAACAGCAGUGUUCCUCGCUCCGCAAGACAUGCCAACACGGUGACCAGUUUCGUGGAUCAAGGAAAAGAUCCCUCCUCCUGGGGAAGUGGCCAGCGCUAUCUCUUCGACCUCUCCAGCCUGUCCAGGACAGAUGAGAUCGUGGAGGCAGAACUGAGGAUCCUGAGAAAGCCACCGCUGGAUCGCCUCCCUAUGCUGACGUGGGGCAGGAACCUUUAUCGCCUCCUCCUCUACACAUGUUCCUCUAAGGGGAACUCUGGGAGACGGCUGCUGGACUCCAGGACAGUCGACGUUCUGGACCGCGAGCCUCCCAAAUGGGAUGUAUUUGAUGUGUGGGCCAGCGUGAAGGCUCGGCGGAGGAGCCACAGGACAGCAACGGGCAAUGACCUCCUCGUGGCCUGCUUUGACCUGCUGGUUGUUUCGGAGUUGACCAAAGAGGCAGCCAACCCUCUUACAGUAGGGCUGGGACGCCGGUCUCGGCAGCCCCAGGAGAGGGCCUUGCUGGUGGCUUUUUCUCGCACCCGCAGGAAAGAGAACCUGUUCAAGGAGAUCAGGGAGCAGAUGAAGGCAGUGCGAAGAGACUUGGGUUUUCUGGACCCUUCGGACCUCUCUGGUGAUGUGAUUGGUCACCUACCCAGGCGACGCCAACGCCGGACUGCCCUCACCGGCCAAUCUAUAGGCGGAGCUGGUGGGGGAGGAGGGGGAGGUGGUGGUGGAGGAGGAGGAGGAAGGGGGGGUGGAGGCGGGGGGCGCAGGAAGACUCGCUGCAGCCGUAGGUCGCUCCAUGUCAACUUCAAGGAGUUGGGCUGGGACGACUGGAUCAUCGCACCGCUGGAUUACGAGGCGCACCACUGUGAGGGCGUGUGUGACUUUCCGCUGCGCUCACACCUGGAGCCAACGAAUCACGCCAUCAUUCAGACACUUAUGAACUCUAUGGACCCUGACUCCAGCCCGCCCAGCUGCUGUGUCCCCUCCAAACUCAGCCCCAUCAGCAUCCUCUACAUUGACUCUGGCAACAAUGUGGUCUACAAGCAGUAUGAGGACAUGGUGGUGGAGAGCUGUGGCUGCAGGUAGCAUAGCAACAGAGAGGGGUGGUGGUGCUAGUCUUGCGUGGCGCUAGUCUCGUCAUUCUGGAAUUUUGGACUGGGGCUUGCAAAGAGCGGAGUUUGAAUGUUUUUUGGGAAAAUACGUUGGUGGUUUAAAGCGCUUCUUAACACUCGCCUCCCCCUAUCUCUUCCCCCUAAACCAGCUGUAUUUUGUGAUUUGUUGAAGAAAGUACAGACAAGUAUGCUCAUUACUGAUCUGCCUCUGCUUAAGGGGAACAUAAUCUUAUUUGCUGCUUAAUUUAUUAAAACAUGUCAUUGAGCUGCCAUUUUAUUUCAUGAGCUCUUUUUUUUUUACUCAUAACAUGCUCUGGCUCUCUCUAGUCUCUCUCUCUCUGUCCCCAUGGCUCUGCAUGUUGUUCGAUGCUGUCAACUUCAGUAAAUGUCUGCUAUGCUUCUGACUUUGGUUCUAGAACACUGCUCUAGUAGUGUAUAAAACAUCAGCCCUAGCUUUGAAUUUACUGAGCAGCAGACAGAAUUUGUUGGGAUGAAUAAAACAAGCCCAGAUUUAUAGUGCUAUGAUAACAGUGUUAGAGUACAUUUGUGUGCCUAUAUGGAAAACUCAAAAUAACAUUAAGUCAAUUAUUACAUCUCACAAGACAUCUGUCCAAUAAACUGCUCCCAUUGUGCUUGCUCUUACCAAAAAACAACAUUUCAAAUGUAUGGGAGGACACAAUCAAAAAGGACUUUUGUAUAUUGCAGUUUGCAAAUGCAGCACAUAGCCUACACACGUCUUACUUAAGACACUACCGUCAUCUCUUGGGCAUGGUUAAAAUAGAGUUUUUUAGAUAAAUGCUGUGCUUGGUGUUGUGAGCAAUCUGGAUAUUAUUAUUAAUCUUUUGAGCAGGACAGAGAACAUCACCCAUUUUCUGGAGUUAUCAAAUCAAAUGGAUUUAUAUAGCCCUUCUUACAUCAGCUGAUAUCUCAAAGUGCUGUACAGAAACCCAGUCUAAAACCACAAACAGCAAGCAAUGCAGGUGAAAUAACAUUUGAUUUGAUUUGCUGUAGAAGCACGGUGGCUAGGAAAAACCUAGAGAGGAACCAGGCUAUGAGGGGUGGCCAGUCCUCUUCUGGCUGUGCCGGGUGGAGAUUAUAACAGAACAUGGCUAAGAUGUUCAAAUGUUCAUAAAUGACCAGCAUGGUCAAAUAAUAAUGAUCACAGUGGUUGUAUGUAGAGGGUGCAACAGGUCAGCACCUCAGGAGUAAAUGUCAGGUCUCUCUACCGCUCCUGCUGUCUCUAGAGAGUUGAAACAGCUAACAGAUAAGCUAACAGUUAUCUGCUGUAGGAAACCUCUGUCUAUCAGCCGAAGGAACAGUGAUCUUUAGUUAGGGGUAUGGUAAGGGUCCCAUUUACACAGCUAACUUCCAUCAGUAGCUGGGUCACCAUGCAUUUGCUUAUAUGCAUUCUAUGUCAUUACAUAGAUCAUUACUAUGCAAAGAUCCGAGGUAUAUGAUAUGGAAUAUUUAACAGGCAAUAUGGAGAAUUUGAAAUAUAUUUUUAUGGCACGAAGACUGAUUUAUUAUUUCUUGCAACUGAGAAAAGUUAGAUUUUUUUCAGGGUAGGCUAUGUACUACAGCUGGUAAUGUAUAUGACUAAAACAAGCAAAUCCCAUGAUCACUUGAGAUUGAAAUGGCGAUUCAACUCCCUGUAAACAGCACAGAAAAAAUAGGCUAUAAUGUCCAUAGAAAUUCCUUGUUAGUCAGUGAAAUGGAAUAUUGGAAUUCACUUUUUAGCACUCCAGGUACUGAAUUAUAAGAGCACAUGAUUUUGCAAAAUAAUAUUGAUCAAACAAACGUGUGUUGGUCUUUGGAUGUCAUUUUCACUUAUUGCGUUUUAUUUUACAAUUCACUCUACUUGCAUAUUAGCCUGGUGGUCCAGAUAUGUUUGUGCUUUAGCCAACUCUUCCCUGCCGUGUUUGUUCAUUGUCAUUCUAAACGUAGUUAUCACCGCAAGACGUAAAUUAACACCUGCUUUUCCAACGUGGUAAUUACGAGUAAACUCCCCACUGUAUAUUAUUUCACAAAUCCCAGAUGAAUCACAUUAACACAAGGUAAAUAAAUAUGCACAUUCAAGACAAAGGAAAAAAAACUACUUGCAAUGAGUAAACUAGGCACAGGUCAUAUGUGAUGUCCCCAAGAGAGAAGAACUCUUGCGCAGAUGUUUCAUAGUAUUGGUAAAAGCCUUUUGCUCUAAACUCUCGUGAACACUUUGGUUGCAACGCUGUUUGUGGUAACGUCAUAUCACUGAGUCUCAGUUUAAAUUGAAUUAUAUUUCCUGUCAUUCCAAAUUAAACUCAAUUUCUUGAAUUGAAUUUGAGAUUAGCGAACCCUUCUGCAUGACCCUAGCCUUGUGUAUUGAGAUCUAUAGAUUAUUUUCUUGAAGUAGAUAUAUUUCCAUCUUUUUGCACAAACGGCAAAUAGGUGAUACUUUGUACUAAUAUCAUAUUUGAGCGUUUGCUGCUUUUGUUUGAAAUGAUGUUUGUUAAAAUAUUUCAUUUACUUUCUAACCAAAAUCCAAAGCAGCUUUCUUGCAUUUUGUUCUACAUUUUUUCAUCCAAACCAGAGAUUGUUUAUUUUUUACGGUUUUCUUUCACGAUUAUGUUCAACCGAUUUGGUUCUUUGUGAAUUAAACAAAAUCCAUCUAAAAUGACUAUACUGGCAUUUUGAACUAAGGACUAUGCUCAAAAACAAACCGACCGCAAGAAAAUCUCUGCUCGUGGUUUAUUUUCAAACAGCAGAGGAAAUUCAGUGGCAGAAUCUCCAGGAGGCAGAUAAUACAGCUCCCCCAACAUAAUUGAUAUCACCUAACAGACAUUGAACAAUAGCAAAGUUCCCAUCAAUUUGCCAUGAUUUCUAUAAAUGUUUAAUACAAUUUAAACAUUAGUCAAAUAAAAAGGGGGCGUAAUGAUAUAACAUCCUGUAAACUCCUCUAUUGUACACAUUUUCUAAGAAAAGUGGUCACUAUUUUCGCUGAUAGUCCUGUUGGAUAGUCACAGUUCACAUUUUCAAAAAAAAGUGACUCUCCUUUUUGAAGAUAGCAGAAUGUCACUGCAGUUGAAACUCAGUGGAAAACAGUUACCAUAGAAGCUUCUUGAUUAAAAAUGACAUAAAUAUGGCAAAGGAUAAUUAAACAAAAGUGUCAGGCAGAAAAGAAAUCCCCAAAGCUAAUGUAGUCCAGAGAGUAGCUCCUCUAGUAUGCUGUGCCUUGAUAUCAGAAACAUUUCUAUGUGUCUGCUUUGCUUGUAUCCGUGUCCUAUUACAACUACUUUGUACAAUUGCUUUUUUCUGUUUCUUUGUGAAUCAUCAUGCCAAACACAUUUUCAUAAAAAUGUCAGGACAAGGCAGUGAUUGGAUUGUUCCAUACUUCAUUGGCAUGUUUACUUCACCAAGCUUGUCUUAGCACGUCCAUUGUCUUGAAAUAGUAUUCACACCCUGCACAAUUGUCACAUAUAGUUGCACAUUUUGUGACUUUGAGUAAACUUUAAUCUGCUUGAAAAUCUGUGGCUGUAAAUCAAUGAUCACCAUUCAACUUGACAAAGAUUGAGCAAUUUUGCCAAGAACAAUUGACACAUGUUGGGAUGUGCUUUGAGUGUUGUGGAAAUCUUUGGGGGAAAAUCCCUCAAAAUCCCAGACUCUAAGCCUAAGGCAAAAAAAGGUGAAAGCUGUGCAAUGGUUAGGGUGGAGGUUGUUUUGAGACUCAUGGAUGCUUCAUCAGUACAACAUGUUGCUGUGAACGUAUGACUGCAUUCUGUCUCGAGAUCUGCAUGCUUAAUUCUAAUUUAACCAUAUUAUCAGUUGCAGCUUGAUCUAGCAAUGUUAAAGUUAGUAUCUGUUAACACUGACAUCUUUUCUUUGUAAGCACAUUUAUUCAUUAUUGAAGUGAGAUUCUGAUAUGAAAUGCCCAGUACUUAACAUCUAUGCAAUGUGUAUUUCCCCAUCAUUUUGCUCCUACCUAUUCAAAUAUGCAGUCUUCCCCAUCAUUUUGCUCCUAAAUUCAAAAAAAGGUAGCCUUUCCCUUUCUUUCCCCUCCUUUCCACAUUUAUGAUGUGGAUUUUUUUGAACAAGAGAGCAUUUGCUUUCUGGCAAAAACCCAUAUGAAGUUCACAAACACAAAUUGUAUGAAAGACAUGUAUGAGGAUUAUAGUACAAGUAAAAGCUAUUUUGUUGAGAAGGUAAAUGUUUGAGAUUUAACCGUUAGACGGCCAUUAGUUCUACAUGUGUUCAUGUAAAGUGCACUGUGUGUAUGUAUGUAUGUAUUCUAUGGGUUAUAAAGGUCUGUAAAUAAUGUCAUUGUAAAUUAACUGUAAACAGCUCUUUUCUCUUUUGGAAAUAUCUUAUAGUAGUAUAUAUUUGAAAAAUAAUAUGUAAGCACACUUUAUCCUCAUUUUCUGUUCAUCUGUUUUUUUUGUACAGAUUAUUUGAUUAAAUAUUGUAUUGAUGAUAAU